AUGUCGGCUCCUGCUGGGCCCCGGGGCGGCCCUGCUCCUCCACAGCCUCCUCCACCUCAGGCCGAGCUGCCCGACCUCAGCCACCUCACGGAGGAAGAGAGGAAAAUCAUCCAGGCCGUCAUGGAUCGCCAGAAGAAGGAAGAGGAGAAGGAGCAAUCCGUGCUCAAGAAAUUACAUCAGCAGUUUGAAAUGUAUAAAGAGCAAGUGAAAAAGAUGGGUGAAGAAUCGCAGCAGCAACUGGAGCAGAAAGGCGAUGCUCCAACCUGCGGUAUUUGCCACAAAACAAAAUUUGCCGAUGGCUGUGGCCAUAAUUGUUCAUAUUGCCAAACUAAAUUCUGUGCACGUUGUGGAGGAAGAGUGUCUUUACGCUCAAGCAAGGAGGAUAAAGUGGUAAUGUGGGUAUGUAACUUGUGCCGAAAACAACAAGAAAUCCUCACAAAAUCUGGAGCUUGGUUUUAUAGUAGUGGAACAAAUACACCACAGAAGCCUGAUCAAGAAAGUUUUAGAGUGCUGAGAAACGAAGAAACACCUCAGGAGAAAAAAGCAAAGCUGCAAGAGCAAUCUAUAUCAGCAUUGGACCGAGGUAGAUCUCAAGGGCUCACAAGGCAAGACUCAAUAAACGGCUCAGGAGGAAAGCAUCAGGGGCCUGGAGACACAGCAGAUAGAAAAAGAAGUCCAUCAAUAUCCAGAGAUCAGAAUAGAAGGUACAACCAACGGGAGGAGAGAGACGACUAUUCACAGAAUGCAAUAUCAGACAGUGCAAUGCCAAGGUCACCAUCAGAUUUUACAGACAGGCGAUUACAACGUGGGCCUCAGUUAUAUGAAGAAUCUGAACUUGAUGACUACAGAGAUUCCAACAGGAGAAGUCGCAGGCGUUCAAGGGAAUACCCUUUAGAAGAAGAUGUUGUACAGAAUAGAGAGGAAUAUGAGAGGCAACGACGAGAGGAGGAGUAUCAGGCACGAUAUCGAAGUGAUCCUAAUUUGGCUCGUUAUCCUGUCAAACCACAGCCAUAUGAGGAACAAAUGCGAAUUCAUGCUGAAGUAUCUCGAGCACGUCAUGAAAGAAGGCACAGUGAUGUGUCUUUGGCAAAUACCGAAUUGGAAGAUUCUCGGAUAUCUAUGAUGAGAAUGGAACGGCCAUCAAGGCAAAGGUCUGCUUCAGAACGCAGAGCUGCCAUGGACCAACGUUCAUAUUCAAUGGAAAGAACUCAGGGACCAAGUCCCAAUCGACAGAGGACCACAAAUCACAGCCCUCCAACACCGAGGAGGAGUCCAAUUCCUUUUGAUAGGCCAGAUAUGAGGCGAACUGAUUCAUUAAGAAAACAGCACCAUUUGGAUCCCAGUUCAGCUGUACGAAAAACAAAACGUGAAAAAAUGGAAACCAUGUUAAGGAAUGAUUCACUUAGUUCAGAUCAAUCUGAAUCAGUUAGGCCUCCACCACCAAAGCCUCAUAAAACAAAGAAGGGGGGUAAAAUGCGUCAGGUUUCACUGAGCAGCUCAGAAGAGGAGUUGGCCUCUACUCCAGAAUAUACCAGCUGCGAUGAUGUAGAGAUUGAAAGUGAAAGUGUUAGUGAGAAAGUCUAUCACUUUUUGAAAGGGGACAAUCAAAGGGGAAAAAGAAAAACUAGUGAGCAGGCAGUUUUGUCGGACUCUAACACCUUAUCUGAAAGACAAAAGAAAAUGGUGUGCUUUGGUGGCCACUCUUUGGAAGAGGACUUGGAAUGGUCUGAACCUCAGAUUAAAGAUUCUGGGGUAGACACGUGUAGUAGCACAACUCUAAAUGAGGAGCAUAGCCAUAGUGAGAAGCAUCCUGUGACAUGGCAGCCAUCCAAAGAUGGAGACCGUUUAAUUGGCCGGAUUUUGUUAAACAAACGACUAAAAGAUGGAAGUGUGCCUAGAGAUUCGGGAGCGAUGCUUGGACUGAAGGUUGUAGGAGGAAAAAUGACUGAAUCAGGCCGGCUCUGUGCAUUUAUCACCAAAGUCAAAAAAGGAAGUUUAGCUGAUACAGUGGGACAUCUUAGGCCAGGUGAUGAAGUAUUAGAAUGGAAUGGAAGGCUUUUGCAAGGAGCCACCUUUGAAGAAGUGUAUAAUAUUAUUCUAGAAUCCAAACCAGAGCCACAAGUGGAACUUGUAGUCUCGAGGCCAAUUGGAGACAUUCCCAGAAUACCUGACAGCACACAUGCACAACUGGAGUCCAGUUCUAGCUCGUUUGAGUCUCAAAAAAUGGACCGGCCUUCUAUUUCAGUCACUUCCCCCAUGAGUCCUGGCAUGUUGAGGGAUGUUCCACAGUUCUUGUCUGGACAACUUUCAAGCCAAAGCCUUAGUAGAAGAACAGCGCCUUUUGUUCCUAGGGUUCAGAUAAAAUUGUGGUAUGACAAGGUUGGUCAUCAGUUGAUAGUCACAAUAUUGGGAGCAAAGGAUCUUCCUUCAAGGGAAGACGGAAGGCCAAGAAAUCCUUAUGUUAAAAUUUACUUUCUUCCUGACAGAAGUGAUAAGAACAAAAGACGAACAAAAACAGUAAAGAAAACUUUGGAACCCAAAUGGAACCAAACAUUCAUUUAUUCUCCAGUUCAUCGGAGAGAAUUUCGAGAACGAAUGUUGGAAAUUACUCUUUGGGACCAAGCACGUGUUCGUGAGGAAGAAAGUGAAUUUUUAGGGGAGAUUCUUAUUGAAUUAGAGACAGCACUGCUGGAUGAUGAGCCUCACUGGUAUAAACUUCAGACACAUGAUGUCUCUUCAUUGCCACUUCCCCACCCUUCACCAUACUUGCCACGUAGACAGCUGCAUGGAGAGAGUCCCACAAGAAGACUGCAAAAUAAAGGCUUAUAUUCAUAUAAUUCAGGGUCCAAACGCAUAAGUGAUAGUGAAGUCUCGGACUAUGAUUGUGAUGAUGGAAUAGGAGUAGUAUCAGAUUAUCGACAUAAUGGAAGAGAUCUUCAAAGCUCAACACUAUCAGUGCCAGAACAAGUGAUGUCAUCUAAUCACUGCUCUCGGUCAGGGUCUCCUCACCAUGGAGACAGUAUAGGACGGACUAGGUCAUGGUCUCCCAGUGUCCCUCCUUUACCAAGUAGGAAUGUGGAACAGGGGUCUCGAGGGACCCGAUCUACUCCUGCACAUUACAAUACCAUGAACCGAAUGGAUAGACAUCGAUUAAUGGAUGACCACAACUCCCCAGAAAGAGAGAGUCAUUAUCACACUCUGCCUUGGUCCCAGCACACUCAGUCCAUUGGCUGUUUUCAUAGAGAUGCCAGCAAGGAUCGCUCAAUGUAUCCUAUCUUUUGUGAAGAUGCAAUCAGAUUACUUCGAUCCCGUACGAUGUGCCGUACCUAUUCUGAGGGUGCUUACUAUGAAUUUGAGAGGAGGAGUAGGCAGGAGGGAAGAGUGCCUAAAACAUAUUUUGAUGACACUGAUACUUCCCCCACUCCUGAAAGGUAUUACAAUGGUGCACGUUCAUGGGCAGAUCAUGUAGUCAAUGGUUCAGCUGAAAAUUAUGGCAAAAUUCCAAUAGGUAAUAGAAGAAUAGCAUAUCCAAGGAUUGAAAUACAACAACCUUCCACAGAUACUGACAGAAGUGAAUCAGUGGAUGUUUUGGCAGAUCAAGCUUCCUAUUCAGAAAGUGAAUCUAUAGAACCAGAAGAAAACAUGAGGAAAUGGGAACCUAGACUACCAUAUCAAAGAUCCAGAUCAACAGAACAACGUCCUGUGCUAGAGCGGCCCAGCCCCCGCUCUCGAUCCACUGAGCGUCCUGACUCAAACCUCAUGAGAUCGAUGCCUUCAUUAAUGACUGGAAGAUCUGCCCCUCCCUCACCUGCCUUAUCGAGGUCACAUGCUCGUACAGGGUCUGUCCAAACAAGUCCAUCAGGUACUCCAGUAGCAGGACGCAGGGGGAGACAGUUGCCACAACUCCCAUCAAAGGGGACAUUGGAGAGAAAUUAUGAUGAAAGACAGCAUACCUCUGUUAAUGGGAGAAAAGAAGUUACAUGGGAAGACCAGCAGAAAAAGGUGAAUGGUACAGUAACUGAUGACAAAUCAUUGCCGAAAAAGAAACAUCAUACUGAGCCAGAAGAAGUGGAUUCAUCAAGGAGAAGAAACCCAGUGCCAGAGAAUGGGGAUGAAGGUGCUAUGGAUGUAGAAGAGCGAAAUCGCCAAAUGAAAAUGAACAAGUACAAACAGGUAGCAGGAUCAGAUUCAAGGCUGGAGCAAGAUUAUCAUUCUAAGUAUCGAUCAGGGCGAGAUCCUCAACGAGGUUCUGACAACGUCUCCAACAAGUCUUCCGACAGUGAUGUAAGCGAUGUGUCAGCAGUAUCAAGGACCAGUAGUGCAUCUCGCUUCAGCAGCACUAGCUACAUGUCUGUGCAGUCAGAACGACCAAGAGGGAACAAGAAAAUUAGAAGAUCAAAUGAGGAAAGAAAAGAGGGAGGGGAGGAAGGGGAGGAGGAGAUAUUUCCUGAGGAGGAAGUAUUUGCUGAGGAAAAGCAAGAAGAGGAAGAGGUGGAUAAUCAGGAAGUUGAGAAAAUUGUAAAGGAUGAACAAGUUGAUGAAAAGGGGGAAGGGGAAGAGGAGGCAGACAAAUGUGACAAAGUAGAAAACAAAGAACCAGAAGAAGAUGAAAGGGUUCAAGAUGAUCAAACUGAGGAAGGGGCAAAAACAAGCGAUAAAGAGGAUUUACAAGCGAGAUACUCACAAGAUGAUCUCAGUGUCUUUACAUCCAAAAUGCAAAGCAGACAGAUGGGCGCGUCUGGAAAGAACAUAACUAAGAGCACCAGCAUCAGUGGGGAGAUGUACACACUUGAGAAGAACGAUGGCAGCCAGUCAGACACAGCAGUGGGCACUGUGGGUACUGGUGGAAAAAAGCGACGCUCCAGCAUUGGUGCAAAGAUGGUAGCCAUCGUGGGACUUUCACGGAAAAGCAGAAGUACGUCACAGCUCAGCCAAACUGAAGCAGGUGGGAAGAAGUUAAAGAGCACAGUCCAGAGAAGCACAGAAACUGGGUUAGCUGUGGAGAUGAGAAACUGGAUGACACGUCAAGCCAGCCGGGAAUCCACAGAUGGCAGCAUGAACAGUUACAGCUCUGAGGGGAAUUUAAUCUUUCCUGGUGUGCGGUUGGGUGCAGACAGCCAGUUCAGUGACUUUCUCGAUGGGCUUGGCCCCGCACAACUUGUUGGACGCCAAACCUUGGCAACUCCAGCAAUGGGUGAUAUCCAAAUUGGAAUGAUGGACAAAAAGGGACAACUGGAGGUGGAAAUAAUACGAGCCAGAGGCCUUGUUGUAAAACCAGGUUCAAAGACACUGCCAGCACCAUAUGUAAAGGUGUAUCUAUUAGAAAAUGGAGCCUGUAUAGCCAAAAAGAAAACAAAGGUGGCAAGAAAAACGCUGGAACCUCUUUACCAGCAGCUAUUGUCAUUUGAAGAGAGUCCCCAAGGGAAAGUUUUACAGAUUAUCGUGUGGGGAGAUUAUGGACGUAUGGAUCACAAAUCUUUUAUGGGAGUGGCACAGAUACUUUUAGACGAACUGGACUUGUCCAAUAUGGUGAUUGGCUGGUUCAAACUGUUUCCCCCUUCAUCCUUAGUAGAUCCAACCUUGGCCCCUCUUACAAGAAGGGCUUCCCAGUCGUCUCUUGAAAGUUCAACUGGACCUUCUUACGCUCGCUCAUAGCAGCUGUGAAACUGGUGUUAUAACAACCAGCAUUACAAAAAAAUUUAAAAAAUUAACAGGUCGCAAACCCUGGUAACACACUGCAUGCUUAAUGUUGUGUCUUCAGAGCCUGUUUCUAGGGCUAUAAAGCGAUCCUGUGUUCUCAGAGGAAGUUGCACACAUUGUGCUCUACAGGAAGUCCUCAGGUGAAGGAGUGGAGCUGGAAGAACUGAAUAGUUUGGAGUUCAGUGACACUCAAGUUUUAGUCCAGUCUGAAGCCAUGGAUUAGACUAAAAGAAUCAAGCUGUCUCAUGCAACAAGAGUCCCUUUCAAUGGCACAUUUAUUUUCUUGUUCCCUUUUCUUUAUCUGGCCCUUCUCCCUAUCCACCACCCUGCCCAAGCCUGGUUAUGCCACAGACAUGGAGCUACUCAAAGAAGCCAUUCUGCAAGUCAGUGGAAAGAUGGAAGAAAAGAGGGCCAUUAAUGGAAAGCCGGUGGUCAUUACAGUUAUUCAAAAGCAGAGGAAACUUGCCUUAUAGAAAGGUUGAAGACUUACAGCAGCAGGCUUCAUAGCUCCAACUACUGCUAGAGUCAAAUCCAGUAUGUGGACUCUGAAAAAAUAAAAAUUCUGUGGCUAUACUGUACUGUAUGAAAUUAAAGAAACUUUUUUGCAUGGACACAGAUUAUGCUGAACACUUAAAAUUAUUUUCUUGGGGCUGCAACUUGCAAAAAAAAAAGAAUAAAUCAGCCAUUUUCAACAAUUUAUAUUAUUUUUAAAAAUAAAUUUCACUAGUGCAUGGUUUUAAAAGGGAGAGAAUGCAGCAGAGUGA